CAUGAAUUGGACUGAAGGGGUCCUCGCCCGCCAUGUCCCUGGUGGGCGCGGCAAACAGCUUCUUCGACGCCAGCGCCAGCACUUUGCAAAAGCAAGGACGGGCGCACUCAACAGUACCCGCAGAACAAGCAGUUCCCCCAGAUCACCCAACCCUGGCAGCCGCCCAGCACCCGCGCUUCAUGCCACCCACAGCCCCGAGCCUCCAGAGGACAGGCUCGCCGAUUUAGCCCACGGAAGACCGGGUGGCGGCGACAGAUCUAUUGCUGACAAGAAGCGAAAGCUUUUGCUCAAAGAUGACUGGACCGGAGUGAAGAUACAGAAGCCGCUUCACCAUCCCUCCACCUCCCAUAGAGCCACGCCACGGUUACCCCCAUGGCCUCCCCACAAAGAUGGCGCGCUUCCUCGAGCCGGCCAUGUUCUCGAGCGCAGGUACAAUGCUAGGAUGAAGUCUGGUCGUAACCGACACGAGUCCUCGCCAGCAUUGGGGGAUAUCAGAAUCAGGAUAGGAAGCCAGGAGGCGAGAUUCGGCGAAAGCUCCAGCAUGGGCCGCCGCGCCAGCCAUCGAGAACCAUCUGGCACUAAACAGGAUGACCUCACUAGCAGCCCCUAUUUCCAGUCUUCGCGCAGGGGGCGCCGGAGUCAAUAUGUCCUCGAGUCCAUGCGCAACACCGAGCAGAUGUCUUACCCAAGAAAGACGGCAGGCGGCAAGACGGGCAAGGCGUGCCGGAAGCAGCUCCUCGUCAUUAUCUCGGGCCGUAACCCCGCCAGUUCGGCGCCGAAUUCACCAGCUCGUCCGUUCCCCGCUCCCCGGCCCUGUAUCACAUGGAUGGCCGGAUCGAAUCUCUCUCGGCCAGUCAUUAGCCCUGGAGUGAGCGCUCUGUGCGACGCGAUCCCCAGCGUCCGGGAAACAGGACUUGGCAGGCAGGGUCCUUCUAGCCACGGGAGCGCAUCUGAUGGCAGCGAUAUACAAGGGGAGCGCCACCUGGGCGAAUACGAAGACUCCUCGACUGGCUCAGCUGAACAGGAUGUUGCCGACCAGGCACCACGGCGAGUUCCGAAGAUACCUCCAGAAUCGAUGCCAAACUUUAGUCUUCCCGCGCAUUUCCUGCUCUCUACGAGCCCCACGCCAAGCAGCGAUAUGCAGAAUGAUGUUUGCCCUCGGGCGGAAUCCAAGGAAACGUGGCCUGACGUCGAACUACCCGAGCUUCAUGAGAAGCAGCAGGCCUCGCAGCCAUUUGCGUCCAACAUGCUGCAUACCAACAGCCAACUGAGAGGCCCGGUCCGAGAGGGUGCAAAGGUGCGAGACAAAGGGGAGGAACAUGAAGCCUGGAUGAAGUCGAUCGUCUCGGACAGCAGUAGCGAGGGGGUCUAUCAACAGGCGCUUCUAGAGGCGAAGUCGGAUGCAUCACGGGCGCUGCAGCAAAGGGCCCAAAUUCAGCCUGCGCGCAAACGAACCCCUGAUGCAGCCAUCAGAGGACUUCCUACGAAACGUAUCUCGACUACUUAUGCUGCCGCAAGGGAGAAAGCCGCUGCUGGGUCACCUGCCUCAUCGUCAGGAGCGUCGGAUAUACACAGCUUUGUCACGACGCUGUUGCCUUCAGGGUUUGACGAAGACUGCGAGUCGGAUGACAGCAUGCAAGGCAACGCCUCCAAAUCCGGGGGUGCGCCGGCCGAAUACCACGCGCCGGGUCCCACAUAUCCGCAGACCAGAGAUAUGGACUCGGUCGCCGCCGAACCAUCACGGUCCGGCUUGUUUGAGGACGGCGAGGCGCCUAGUCCUACGUACCCGGCGGUCCCUGAUAUCGAUUCUGUCACAGCGGAGCCAUCAUUAACAACCGGAACAACAAUAUCAACCCCGGCGGAUGAGCCCAAGAUGCCCUUCAAGUUCGCUGCUCCCAAGCCGUUCGUGAGAAAACAUGCCACCCAUAAACCAGGCUAUCUUUCCUCGGGGCCAGCCUUGCCUCUGCUGAGCAAUCAGCGCCAAGGAAGACAGCGAGGCGCACGGGGAAGAGGAGCGGCCCGGAAGCGGUCUGGACAGACUGUGAUUCGACAGCUGCCCAACUACUACGCGGACCCAAUCGAGGAAUCUGGAGAUGAGGAGACCAAUGCGGCCAAGAGCCCCAAAUCCCCGCCUCUUUUUGGAGCUCUGGAGACGGAGUGAGGUUCUAACCGAUCCGCCUGCUGAUGCAUGUGAUGCGGGCUGGGAGGUGGAUCCCUUGGUACGGGAAUGGAUGUCUCGUUCGGUAUGGCGAUGUGGCCAACUAUGUGUGCAGACUUGGCCCAUUUACCCCAUUUGCUCCGUGAACUCGGCUGAGGAUGUGAGAUAGCUAUAGUGACUAGUGUGUUAUGGAGCAGAUAAUCUGUGUGGAAAGAAACAGAGAAGGAAUAGGCGGUCACAGGUGGUCGGGCUGAGCGAUUAAUCGGCGUGGGACGCGGAGCCGGGAUGGCCGAUCGGACGUGUGAUCGGAGGCUCAAUGGCGGCGCGGCAAGAAAAGCGCUCAGCGGCGCGCACGUCGGGGUCAGGCAUAUAACAUAAAAGAAUCGCGAGGGGCCAAUCAGGAGACGACGAUACGGAC